ACUCUUGGUCCGAUCACAACCGAUUAUUUAAAAGGAACUAUGGAGUUCGGGAGAUCAAGCAAGAGGGUCAAGUUGAGGACUGAGGAUCCAGGAGAGUCACCUGAUGAAGAUAACGGGGAUGGUCGAGAUGGGAAGCUGAAUUUCCUAAUCCUUGGGGAAAAGGAAAGUCUAGAAGAGGAGGGGAAUGAUACGGAA